AUGCGUUGUUCUAUUCAAAUCAUAGUACCUUAUGUAUUUCUCUUUUUUAUAUUGUUUUAUUUGUGCUUUUUCCUUCACACAAAUGGUAGACAUCGCUUUGUAUAUGAAGAAAUUUUGAACAACCAAUCCACUGUAAUAGCACCACAGCAGAAUAACCCUUCUUUUCCAAUUCCAGUUGGAGUUUUUCAUCAACCUGAGUUUCACAACAAAAUUAUUGACCUUCGUACAUUCAAUUAUGAGGGGAAAUGCAGAGAGCCAUUCCAAUAUCAACAAAACAACAAACGCGAUUUGUGGUUGACUGCGGUUGGUUUUAAAAAUCACGGGUACUGGCUGAAUAACAAGAAUGAGAUAUUACUGUCAUAUGCACUUGCCAACUCUACAAUUCCGAAUGCAGAUCGUGUCCUCUUAUUGAUGCCUGGUAUUCAUAUUAACAACUUUGUUGAACUUACAGAGAGUUAUGGCAUUCGUGUGGUCAACGCCACUCUUCCGCGCAUUUACAAUAUUGAAAAGUGCCAAGACGCUUCAAAGAGGAUGUUUGCAUUUCACGACUUUGUAUUGCACAAUCGAGAGAAAUACGAUCGAAUACUUAUCAGUGACCACAGAGACGUCUUCAUUUUUGCAGACUUUUUUGAGACGUUUUCAAAAGAGGAAUUGGUCUUCACUGCGGAGUGCGGGAGAUAUAAAGACUGGUGCUUGGAUUUCAACAGUGGCCCCGAUGCUUAUAGGUGGAUGGCCCAUACGUAUGGGGUAAAUGCAGCAAAUGAAUAUAGAAAGAAUAAUUCUAUAUAUAUCAAUGUGGGGACUAUUUUCGGAGGGACGGGGAGGAUUUUGAAGUACUUGGAUUUGAUGGUCAAGUCAUUAGUACCAGCGAAAUGGGAUGCUUGGGGACAUGACCAAACUGUACACGACUUCGUGUUCUACUCGUACUUUUUUCAAAGGGAAAAUGUGACGAUGGAAAGAUGUUCACAAAGAUUUUGUUUCUUGGAAAAGAAACCAAUGGGAUAUGACGCAAAGAACAAAACUUUGAUGAAUAUAUAUACAGGCUGCGCGCCAGUUAUGAGACAUAAAGUACCACAGAUAUACACUGGAAAAAAUAAAAAAUAA